GUUGGGUAUUACCCUAACGCUCGGGAAAGGUGUGCGCAGUUAAAUGGUUCCUGCGCCAGGUGCAGCUCGGCGGCUCCCGGCCCGCCGUGCCUCGGCAGCGCCGUUCCCGCCGCAGCGCCACGUGAGGGGGCCAGGGCGCGCCCACGGAGCCCGGCCGCGCCCCGCGCCCAUUGGCUGCCGGGAGCGACACGUGACGCGGCGGCAGCGGCACGUGCGGCCUCAUUGCGGUCUGUCGGCGGUAGCCGCCAUUUUCUUUCGGUGCGGAGUUUUGUGGACUGUAGGAACGAGGCAGGUCUGGCAGAGCGCAGCAUGAUUGAAGAAGACUGGAAUGCGGAGAUAGGGGACGAGGCGUUGCUCAAAUCCCUUGAGAAGGUUAGCUUGCUUGAGAGACCAGAUGACCCCUCAUCUGUUUUCAGUCCAAGUGUAGACUCCUUUGAUACUGAUGAAUUUGUGAACACCCAGCAUCAGCCAGUGAGUAGUUUUGGUCGAGGAAGGAAUUUUGCAGCCAAAGGUUUUCAAGAAGGAAAUGGAGAAGAUGCCGUUACACAAAACAGAGGGUUUAAAGGAUUUGGACAAGGUUUUCAUGAACGAAAUGCUGUAGAUGGUGCUGGUACACAGAACAGAGGGUUUAAAGGAUUUCGUGGUGGCUUUGGACAAGGUACAAAAGGUGGGCAGGGGGACAUACCUCAGUCUGGAACUCCCAGUUCUAGAGAAAGAGGAACAGUCACAGAUGGUGCAGGUCCAAAGGUGACUUACGUACCCCCUCCUCCACCUGAUGAUGAACAAGCCAUCUUUGCACGUUAUCAGACAGGAAUGAAUUUUGACAAAUAUGAUGAAAAUGUUGUUGAAGUGUCAGGACUGGACCCUCCACCAGCGUUAAUGAGUUUUGCAGACACUAACAUGUGUCAUACUUUAACUGUGAACAUUGCUAAAGCUGGAUACUCUAAACCUACUCCAGUACAGAAGUACAGCAUUCCUAUUAUACUGGCAGGACGGGAUUUAAUGGCAUGUGCCCAGACAGGAUCAGGAAAAACUGCAGCCUUUCUUGUACCAGUUGUGGCCCAAAUGAUGAGGGAUGGUGUAACUGCCAGUAGCUUUAAAGAGCAGCAAGAACCGGAAUGUAUUAUUACUGCCCCAACUAGAGAACUGGUAAAUCAGAUCUUCCUAGAAGCAAGAAAAUUUGUGUAUGGGACUUGCAUAAGGCCUGUUGUGAUCUAUGGAGGUACACAAACAGACUAUUCGAUUCGUCAAGUAAAGCAAGGCUGUAAUAUACUGUGUGCCACUCCAGGAAGGCUUCUAGACAUCAUUGGAAGAGGAAAGAUUGGUUUGCAUAAUGUGAAAUACUUGGUACUAGAUGAAGCAGACCGCAUGCUUGAUAUGGGUUUUGGUGCAGAUAUGAAGAAGCUGGUGUCUUUCCCAGACAUGCCACAGAAAGACAAACGCCAAACACUAAUGUUUAGUGCCACUUUUCCUGAGGAAGUACAGAGGCUAGCUGGUGAAUUUUUGAAAACUGACUUUUUAUUUGUUGUUGUUGGACACGUGGGUGGAGCAUGCAGUGAUGUUCAGCAGAAUAUUCUUCAAGUUUCUCAGUAUUUCAAGAGGGAUAAACUGAUAGAAAUUCUACACAGCAUAGGUAAUGAACGAACUCUGGUCUUUGUGGACACAAAGAAAAAAGCAGACUUCAUUGCAUGCUUUCUUUGUCAAGAAAACAUACCAGCUACUAGUAUCCAUGGAGAUAGAGAACAGAGAGAGAGAGAAAUAGCUCUUCGGGAUUUUCGUUCUGGAAAAUGUCCAGUUCUUGUGGCAACCUCAGUGGCAGCAAGAGGUCUAGACAUUGAAAGCGUUCAGCAUGUUAUUAAUUUUGAUCUUCCUUCCACCAUUGAAGAGUAUGUACACCGAAUUGGACGAACUGGUCGUUGCGGAAAUACAGGGAAAGCGGUUGGCUUCUUUGAUAACAAUUCAGAUGGUCAUCUUGCACAGCCUCUAAUUAAAGUGCUUUCAGAUGCUCAGCAGGAAGUUCCUGUUUGGUUGAUGGAAAUUGCGUUUGAGUCUGAAGGAGGACGACUCCCAGUUCAUACCCAGAAGAAUUACAGAGGCAGAGGCAGUGUGAAUGCAGGAGAAGUAAGGAUGGAGUGUUCUGCAAGAGAAAUUGAGUCAUGGGAUUAAACCACUUCAUACCAAACUAGUUUGUACUCUGUUGUGCUGUAAGUGAAAUGUUGCGUGAGAAAGUAAUCUUGUGAAGACCUAGUUUGGGAAGGAGCUUUAUGUAAGGGUUCACCUAAACUUUGUUCAUUUUUUUGUAACGUGUCAGUUAAGAAGUUUGAAUCUUGUGUUAUGAUGAUGUAAGGAUUUGUUAAACAGCUCUUCAGCAGUUAAUAAAAGUUUGAGACGUGCACUUUGA